GGAAUCUAUAACAUUUUGAAUCAAACAACAAAGAAGAACCAUGAUGCAGCAUCACCCAAACAUACCUGUGAGAAUUAUCAUGGAUAUGACACAAAACACAAGGUGUAACCUAAUGCCAAGCCUUUUCAACAUCAGAUGGCACAAUAUAUACUGGCAGGAAGCCAAGCUCUCUCAAGAUACUACUGUUUUUCUUUACUCGGCCAUCUAUGACAACAGAAAACAUACUGAUGUGCGACCAUGUGUGCGGAUAGUGAGUGUGAGCAGUUCAACAUGCCUGCCGCCUGCCUACUGUCACUUGUGGUUCAAUGUUACAAAACCCCCUGUACUUCGAGAAUUAUCAAAACUGAAUACAUAGACUACCAGUGGAUGGACAGGUCACGUGAAAUGAUGUACUUAUUGACAUGUCGCAUUCCUCCUAGUAUGGGCUCCAUCAAGCCAGAGGCAGUCUCUGUUGUCCACACUCCCUGCCAUACUGCCACUAACCUUUUACAUGUAAAUAUUUCAUCCAAUGUAAAUGAGACACUUAUGUAACUUUAAAAACUUCAUUAUGGAAAUGAUUUUUCUACCAUGGGCUUCAUUAAUCUAGUAUACAUAAUUGCAGAAAAAUAGAACUAUGUAGUAUCAUAGAGGUCAUUUGUAGUGUAGACUGGGUGCACAAAAUAGUUUACAUCUGACAGCUGUAUCCUGAUGACUUACAAUCAGUUGGAGAUAUUGAAGCUGUAAGUCAGUGCUGCUAAACUUACUAGGUACUGUGAAGAAGAUACCAAUACACUACUGCCACAUCACAUUGUUAUGGCUGAAGGGGUGAGUUUUCCUGCCUUCAAGUACAGGUUACCAUAUUUUAUGGUGAACAAGAUGCUCCAGUUUUGACAGUGCCCUUCCCCUUCAAUUCUGAUUGGCUAAAUUUUGGAAAAAAAAAAGAUAAAUGUUACUUUAGCCUCCAGAAUGCUGAGAAAAUUUUCGAGAUUUAUUUUGUGGAAAAAAAAAAAAAGUAGCUUCAACACCAUAAAAUAUGGUAGCUAGUAC